AUGUCCAUUUCUGCCGAAAGAACGCAGGAUGCUUCGACGACCUUGAACAAACAUGAAGCUCCCGUCAGGGAAGUCUCUGGGUCCGUGGAGAGGGUGCAGUCUUCAACUGUAAUCUGCCAUGCGAUCGUGCACGAAUUCCUCGAGAAAGUUCAGUUCUCAUGUCCGAGGUUCAUACGCGACCUGGAGCUCGAGGCUCGCGUUGCUGAGGCCGUCCGAACGUGGGGUCACGAAGAACGUCUUCGGCCAUAUGUCGUCACAGGUCUUAUCCUCACGAUCACUGCGUACAAUCAUGUCGCACAUUUCGAGACGCGGGUGCAGAUUACCCUGUUCACGAUCGCAAUCAAUGCUAUGAACGACCGGCAGAUUUACAACCACCUCUCCGCCCGCGAAUUCCACCGCCGGAUGUGUAUCGGUGCGGUUCAAGACGAGACCGGCAUGCUGGGGACGCUGAUGAAGGUACUGGACUCCAUGUGGGACAACUACGCAUGCUUCACCGCAAACACUAUCUAUGCGUCUGCCUUGCGCCAUGUUAAUGCGAUCCUUCUCGAGAACAAGACUGACAUCACGCUUUUGCGUUCCCAUGAUCUUCCAUUUGUGGAGUACAAACGAAGCAUCACUAACACCCCAGAAGCAUAUGCGUGUUUCAUCUGGGACAGGCGACGCUAUGUUAUACGUCAGGCACGUGAAGUGAGCGGAAUUUCGAGCAGCAUCGUGAAAUACGCUCACCCUUCAUACAGCGACAUCUUGUCGUUUUACAAAGAGGAGCUUGUGGGAGAGCGCGCGAACUACGUCCAUGAGCGCGCAUAUCAAGUCCGCGACAUUCUCGGCGAAGGCGAGGCACGAGCUGCAUUCGAGAAUUUUGCCACAGGCUACAUUUCAAUUUAUAUUGAUACACCUGAGAAGCGGCGAGCCGUUGAUACCGUUUUGAAGGGUGAAAUGUAG